ACAUACUGUUUUGACUUAUAGAUAGCACUCUAUCGGCCAUUUUGUUGAUUAUAGUUCCCUUAGUUCUAAUAGGUAUUAUCUAAUGUUUUGUAAAUCUGUAAUGUUGGGUUAUUGCAUUCUUAUGUGUGUAUUUAACAAGUUUUUGUAAGAUUUAUUUUGGAAAUUCUUUCGUUUUUUUUUCUUCGGUUUCAGCUUUAACAUAGAAGUAUCAGUAUGAUUGGUGAAACAAAAGUUACUAAUCCCAACAAAGUAACUGUAGUACUUGGAGCCCAAUGGGGUGAUGAAGGCAAAGGAAAAGUGGUAGAUAUGUUGGCUAUUACUGUUGAUCUGGUCUGUCGUUGCCAAGGAGGUAAUAAUGCUGGACAUACAGUUGUAGUUGAACAUCAAGAGUAUGAUUUUCACUUAUUACCUAGUGGAAUUAUAAAUCCCAAGUGCAAAUCGAUAAUUGGCAAUGGUGUAGUUGUACAUUUACCUGAUUUAUUUGAUGAAUUAGAAAAGAAUGAAAGCAAAGGUUUGGUUGGUUGGCGUGAUCGAUUACUAAUAUCUGAUAGAGCCCAUCUAGUUUUUGAUUUUCAUCAGAAAGUUGAUGGACUUCAAGAACUAGAAAAAGGAAGAAAGUCUCUUGGCACAACAAAGAAAGGAAUUGGUCCAGCUUAUUCAUCCAAAGCAAACAGAAAUGGAUUAAGGAUAGCUGAUUUGCUGGGAAAUUUUGAUUCGUUCAAAGAAAAGUUCACGAGCUUAGCAAAUACAUACCAAAAACUAUUCCCAGAUUUGACAAUUGAUAUUGAGUUUGAGCUUCAACGUUAUAAAAAUUAUGCUGAACAAAUCCGUCCAUUAGUUGUUGAAACUGUUUCUUAUCUGCAUUCAGCAUUGAGGGAAGGGAAAAAAGUAUUAGUCGAAGGUGCUAAUGCAGCAAUGUUAGACAUUGACUUUGGUACCUAUCCAUAUGUGACUUCCUCAAAUUGUAGCAUUGGUGGUGUAUGCACUGGUUUAGGUUUACCUCCCUCAACCAUCGGUGAUGUUGUUGGUGUUGUAAAGGCAUAUACCACUCGUGUAGGAGAUGGCCCCUUCCCUACUGAAUUAAAUGAUGAAAUUGGCAAUAUCCUUUGUGAAAGAGGCCAUGAGUAUGGAGUUACCACUAAAAGAAAACGUCGUUGUGGCUGGUUAGACAUUCCUGUGUUGCUGUAUACAUCUAUGGUCAAUGGAUAUACCGCAAUCUGUAUUACAAAAUUAGAUAUAUUAGACACUCUGGAUGAAAUAAAUAUGUGUGUUUCCUAUCUGAAAAAUGGAUCAGUGCUCUCAUAUUUUCCAUCUAGUUCAGAUGAACUUGCUUCUGUUCAGCCAAAUUAUGUCAGGAUGCCAGGUUGGAAAACUAGCAUUGAAAAUAUUAGAAAAUUCAAUGAUUUGCCCCAAGAAGCCAAAGACUAUGUUUUAAAAAUUCAAGAACUUCUUAGUGUUCCAGUUAAAUGGAUUGGUGUCGGAAAAGGAAGAGAGUCCAUAAUUAAUGUUGAAUAGUAGUUUCCAUUCAUCAUACAUUUUUUUUUCAUCAAAAUUUAAUUUUUUUUAAAUAUCUGUGAUUUCUAUUAGUGGUCCUUUAUUCUUUUUCUUUUUUUUCCCUAGUUAAAAAUGGUGCUAUGUAAAUUUCAUUUGUUAACUAAUAAGUCUUUUAAAUUGUUAACCAUGAUAUAUGUUACCUUAGAUCACUUUUGAAUUGUGUUCAUUCUUAUUUCUUGUUCAGUUCAAAUAAAGCUUUUUAAAACUUAUUGUUAUAUAUGUAUGAAUCAUAUUUAUUUUAUUGCUUAUGUUAUAAGUAACAUAAGUACUAUUAUUAUAAUAUGUUUUUAUUACUUACAUUUUUGUUCAAAAUGAAGUCAAUUACUCUCAUAGUAUAUUACUUAUUGUUGCUGAUUAGAAAAAUAAUGUCAGAAUAAGUUAGAAUCAAAAAAUUUUUGAAACUUUACAAUGGUAAUAAUCAAUUAUUUUUGAGGCCUCUCUUGUAAAUAUAGUUAGGCGAGUUUUUUCCUCCGAAGUUUGUAUUUUUGUGAAAUUACUUAGGCUGUGUAGUUAAUUAAAACCAUCAGAUGUGACUUAAAUUUAAAUGCCUUACUCUGUAAUACAAAUACUUAUAAUUUAAAGAGAUCCUUUAUUUAAUAUUUUCUAAGUCAUUGAAUGUCAAACGGCUGUUUUUAUAAUAGAUAUUUCUGUCUUAAAAUUUAAAUCAUACGGGUUUGAUAUUUAUUUAGUUUAAGGCAGCAGUAUUCAGUUUUUACUGUUAAUCCAAUGAUAAUUGAUAUAAAUAAGAUGUAAGUUAUUUAUAUUUAUAUGUUCCUAAAAUUGGAUUCUGUAAUUUGUUUUUAUAUUAUUAAGUAUUGAAAUCAGAAAAAU